GUGGCCCAUCGACCUGACCGCGAACAGGCCGAUACUCGACCAGCGUGGUCAUUGAUCAUUGAUCGUGGUCAUUGAUCGCCUCGUUCGGACCGCACCGCCGCCAGCAGUGCCGCCGUGGACGGCAUGGAGGCGCGUCUGGCGCCCCUGCGGCGGCGGCUCAGCCUCAAGAAGGAACGGCAGCCGGCAGUCGUGGAGCUGAAGCGGUUCCAACGCUACAACACGGUCGUGUGGUACCGCCAGUCGUCGCUGGGCGACGUGCCCGACGUCAAGCGCGUGCAUAGCCAGCCGCACCUUUUCGACGUUGAAAAUGGCGGCGUCCAGGGGCGCGCGGACGGCUCGCCCUCCACCGGCCUGGUGCUCCAAAGCCUGCCACAGCGCCGGGAGUCGUUCAUCUACAAGUCCGACUCAGACUUCGAGAUGUCGCCCAAGACAAUGUCGCGCAACUCGAGUAUCGCUAGCGACGGGUGAGUACGGUGCGACUUCCGAUCGGUGAUCUUCGCGUUCACGGGCGGACGGCUCCACUUCGAGGUGGUCCCCCUGGGAGGCGUUGCUCCAGGCCCUCAUUACCCGAACUUUGAAGCCUUAAGUGGAUUGCAUGGGGACCGAUGUGGGGGUUGCGUCCGGGAAACUCUGUACGGCCAUGGCAGCUUGAGCCAAUGUUUCCAGCUCACUCUACUGGUAAGUUGGUAAUCGUAACUUGCGGUCAUGGGCCAGAUGAAACUUGUUGGGGCUGAUAUACUGGACUUUGGUUGAGUGGGAAAGUUGGGCGGUCGGCCAUCCCGCGUGAAACAUCCUGAAAUGUUGGAGAGGAUGGAAAAUCGUGGCAGCCAAUGGUGCUCUAAGCCCGAUAUUGAUUUUACGUGCCACGGGGUGCGAUAUUGAUCAGGUAAGUGUGCGUGUGCAUUAUUGACUAUUAAUUUCUUAUGGGCUCAGUCCUAAAUGCACUUACGGGGAGUAACUUAGCCAGAUGGCUGCUACCAUCGCUCUGAAAUUAUGCAUCGCCAGGUGCCAGCAGAUCCAGCACCGAGAGCGAACACCAGAGUAAAACGGAGUGCACUGAUGACGAUUAUGUCUGUGGAUAGAUCCAGUGCCAUUUGAUUCCGACUAUGAUUGCAUUCAUUACAUUAAUGCCAUCGGGUAUCUGUAGUACAGCCCAGGGAUUGCAUAGUUCACUGAAUAAAGCCUCUGUGCACUUUGCACGACACAUUUAGCUGAUUGCUGAUGAGGCGCGACCCCAUUCCGAGCGCGACAUACUCCGCGUGAUUGCUGGUGAUCCGUCCGUGUCGCUUUAACAAGUGACGGCUCGG